CGCUUCAAAACUUCCGUCGUGCAAGAUGGCGUCAGUCUCUUUCCGGUUUAUCGUUAAUGGGACACGCGGUACUAUGAAGGCUAAGGGAGAACUGAAAGAAUUCGAGGUGAUAGGGCGCAAGCUCCCCACCGAGAAGGAAAAAACGACUCCUCUCUACAAAAUGAGGAUAUUUGCUCCGGAUGCUAUAGUAGCUAAGUCCAGAUUUUGGUACUUCUUACGCCAGCUGAAAAAGUUCAAAAAGUCUACUGGAGAAAUCGUGUCUCUCAAGCAAAUUCCUGAAAAGACUCCGAUGAAAGUAAAAAAUUUCGGAAUUUGGCUGAGGUAUGAUUCCCGGUCAGGUACACACAAUAUGUACAGAGAGUAUAGAGAUCUUUCUGUCAGCGGGGCAGUAACGCAGUGUUACCGAGACAUGGGUGCCCGUCAUCGCGCUCGCGCUCAUUCUAUCCAGAUAAUCAAGGUGGAGGUGGUGAAGGCUGCGAAUUGCCGUAGACCUCAAGUGAAACAGUUCCACGAUUCCAAGAUCAAGUUCCCGUUGCCUAAGCGAAUCCAACAUAGAAAUCGCAUGCCACUGUUCAGCGUCCGGAAACCGCGCACUUACUUCUUGUAAACAACACGGUAUUUUUGUAUUGUGACGCUAUUCUACAAAAAAAUAAAGGAACUAUCCGUGUAAUCGCCCGGUA